UCCACCGCUCCAUCCUUUCACGGAUCCAUCCAAGGAGUGUGGAGGCAGCACCAGGAAGCUUAUGCUACCUAGCUUGAUUGAGUAGCAGGGGAGGGUAGUAGUAUUAGUAGGAUCCGUAGGGUGUGUUUUUUGCUAGGUUGGUUGGUUGAUUAGGUGUGCGAGAAUGUUGGCGGUGUUCAGCGGCGAGGUGGUGGAGGUGCCGGCGGAGCUGGUGGCGGCCGGCAGCCGGACGCCGUCGCCCAAGACGAGGGCGUCGGAGCUGGUCAGCCGCUUCCUGGGGAGCUCGGAGCCGGCCGUGUCCAUGAAGCUCGCCGACCUCGGGCACCUCGCAUACUCCCACACCAACCAGGCCCUCCUCCGCCCAAGGUCGUUCGCGGCAAAGGACGAGAUCUUCUGCCUGUUCGAGGGUGUGCUGGACAACCUGGGGCGGCUGAGUCAGCAGCACGGGCUGUCCAAGGGCGCCAACGAGGUGGUCCUCGUCAUCGAGGCCUACAAGACACUGCGGGACCGGGCGCCAUACCCGGCCAGCUUCAUACUCUCGCAGCUCACCGGCAGCUACGCCUUCGUGCUCUUCGACAAGUCCACCAACUCCCUGCUCGUCGCAUCUGAUCCCGAGGGCAAGGUGCCGCUCUUCUGGGGGAUCACUGCAGAUGGCUGCGUCGCCUUCUCUGACGACAUUGACAUGCUCAAAGGAUCCUGUGGCAAGUCACUGGCACCUUUCCCGCAAGGUUGCUUCUACUCCAAUGCUCUUGGAGGCUUGAAGUGCUAUGAGAACCCUAAGAACAAGGUGACUGCUGUUCCUGCAAACGAAGAAGAAAUCUGUGGUGCAACUUUCAAGGUGGAAAGCUCUACAGUCCUCACAGCACCGCAUUAGGAGGAGAUGUUCGUGUGGAGGCGUGGAUGCGGGUCAAUGCAAAACUCUGUACAUGGCGGUGUAUCAUAGUGGCAAGGCAUGCAACUGGUCUAUCUGUAUCAUCUCCCGUAAAAAGAGAAGUGCUGCCAGCGUGGCAAGAACUUCAUCAGUGUUGCUGGUUGUGUCAUUGUGUGUGUAUGUGCGUGUGUCUGAAUGUGCUGUAUCCCUUGUUGUUCAACUUACAUGGAACUCGAGAGUUCUAGUCGACCAGUUGCAUGGAUGAACAAAGUUGUGUAUCUGCAGCAAAUAAUUGAGCUUUACUUCUUCUCCA